GGCCCAAGGGCAAGAAGGAAAAAAAGGGUUUUUAGGUGCGGUGGUGAAAAAGGGAGCGAGGGUUUUUGUGGUGCAUACACCAAUGGGGAGCACUGCGGUGGAGAAGACGGAGGCUGAACUCCGCAACGAGAUCGAUGAGCUUCUUCGCCAACAGCGCGAGAUUACGGAGAGGCUUCGAGAUCCUCGAGGUCUUCGCAGAGGUGGUGCCUUAGCGCCUCCUGCUCUUCGCACUAACGGCGUUCGCCCACGACCCUUUCUGCGUCCUGGAGACAGGAAUGAUUCUGAAGAUCAACCUCCUGCCAAACGUCGACUUUCAUCUGCUGUCGUCAGGGUGGAUGACGGGGAGAUUCCUGAAGAUGCUGAAGCAGGAGAGGGUGAAAAGACAAAGGAUUCCGCUAGCGAAGGUGUGAAUGGGACUGGUGCAUUGGUCCAGAGUGAUAGGAACCCUUUAAAUUCUCACCAAACUGGAUGGUCUAAGAGAGAUAGCAAUCCAAGAACUUUAAAGCCUUCUGACAUUCCUCCUACGGAACAUGUUCCAAGGGUAAUGCCAAAGAAUGAUGAUCCAAGUUUGGUUAAUAGGAACAAGAGAAUGUUGGGCCAGCUUUUGGGAACUCUGGAGAAAUUCAGAAAGGAAGACAUGCAACUCUCGGGAACAGAGGCAUAUAUGCGAAGAUCUAAUUCCUUGCAAAGAGCUGAGCAAAGGGCACGUGAAGAAAGUGAAAGGCUUAGGAAAGAAGAGCGUGAACAGAUUGCUGAAAAACGAAGGAGAGAUUUGACUCUUAGGGCUCGUGUGGCUGCUAAAACAGAAGAGAAGAAACUGGAGCUGCUGUUUCUUCGGUGGAGUGAGCAUCAUAAAAGACUAAGCAAUUUUAUAAGGACUAAAGCAGAGCCUCCAAUCUACUAUUUGCCUAACAAGCCCUUGGAUGAAGAUCCUACAUCACUCGAGAAGCGCAAAGAGGAGGCUUUCCUAGAAUGGAAAAAUGCAAGAAGAGAGGAAGUGUCUGAGUAUCAGAAACAGAUUGGAGAGCAGUAUCUUGCCAAUGUUGAGAAGGAAUUGGACAGAUGGCAGAAUGCAAGGAAUGCAAGGAAAGUUAACAAUGACCAGAAUUUACAGGAGACCAUGGACAAAGAGUUGGAUACUCAUAGGCUGGAGCAUGGUCCGAAGAAAAGAAAGAUCCCUGGCGGAAACAAUGAAGAGGAUGAUGAUGUAGAAGAUAUAAAUGUGGGAGAGGAUGACAUGAUGGAUGAUGAAUUAGAUGAUGAUUCUGGAAGGAGGAUUGAUGAAACAACUAAGACGGAAGCAGGUAACGCCAGUGCAGAUCAUGCGGCUGAUCCCGAAAAUGUGGAGGGGAAGUGAUCGCCCGAAGGACACAAUUUUCAAUAGUUCUGAGAGUUAAUGUCUUGUAGUUUAUCCCUUGCUAUUCUAAGCUUUACGUAUUCGGACUUGUAGCCUUUUGUAUUUUGUGUUAAGAUGAACUUUCUUCACUUAUUCUUUGUAUUGCCGCCCUUUGGAGAUUCAGAUUAAUGCACAGUAUGUUUGUUGGAUUUUUGCCCUUAA